AAGGUCAAAGUUUACACGUGCAACGUCACGAUAGGAACACAGUUGGAACGUCAGCUUCCAAAGAAAACAUACAUUUCUGCGUAAAAUGUGCUUGAUUUCACGUUUAAUUCAGCGGUUUUAAUGAAACAGGAUACAAUGCAGAUGCUUUGAAUGCAUAUCGAGACGUACAGUAGUAGUUGGUCAUGUUUUAAACUUUUGAGUUACGAAUUUGCAGCGGAGCUAGUGAGCUAACGUUAGUUUGCUAGACAUGGAUCCGCUAGACAUAGUAAUGGACGAAGUGGCGUUGGAGGGACUGGACGGGGUUACUAUCCUCUCUCUGUGGAUUCGGUUGGAAAAGAGGAACCCCGUUUUCCCACGGAAUCUAGACUCGUGUACUAAAGAGUUCAUUUGGAAAUCCUUGGUCUCGAACCACGAAGUCGACUUCUACGAGCUGCCGCAAGAGAGAGCGGAUGUCGUGCUCGUCGACCGAUUUGCAGACAUAGAUCCAGACACAGGGAUUCAGGAAGCAUCCCAUUGGGACAGAGUGGACUCCUACCCUGUCCAGAUCUUAUUGGAGGAUAAGAGUGGAAUCCAGGGCUCGUGUGUCUUCUUCAAGGAGAGGAGAAAUGUCACCCCAAUCAUCCGCACCACCAAACUGACGCCAUGUGUAACGUUAGAGGACGCCUUCAAAAGGUGGGGGAGGAAGCUGGUAAUGGUGGCCUCCCAGAGGUUAAGGUUCAGGGUGUUAAUAGGUGACGGAGGAGACCCGGACUUGAAGCUGACUGACCACUCAUACUGUAUCCUGGAGAGGGUGGGGAGGGCCCGCUGGCAGGGAGAGCUACAGAGAGACCUGCACUGCUGCUCAUUCAAGACGGACGCGAGGAAGAUGCACUACUUGAGGAAGUCUCUGACACAGAAUGAUCUGAUCACCAUGCAGUCUCAUGUCCUCAGACUGGCCAGCGGAGCACAGCAACACUCCAUACUGCUCCUGCUCAAACGCUUCCAUGUAGACCGGCGUAGUAAGUAUGAUAUCCUGAUGGAGUUGACCUCUAACCUCCUGUCAGAGGCGCCCAACCACACAGCCUCCAUGAUCACACUACGAGACCAACUGAGUAUCAGUGAGAGGACCUUCAAGCGUAUGUAUCAGUACAUGCAAGCAGCCAAACUGGUCCAAGUGGUCAUUAAACCAGUUGAACACCUCAACCCUACAGUAGGCCCCUGUGAUACCAGGAGAGGCACCAAGGUGGUGGCUCGCUGUCUGAAGCUAAUCAAACCCUACGUGAGGAAGGAGGUGGUCGAGGCUGAGGAUGACGAUGAUAACGAUGAUGAUGAUGGGGGAGGAGCAAAUAGGAAGACCGUCCCCACAGAGGGGCGGAUCAUGGAGAGAGACUUCCUCUCACAGGCCUAUGGGAUCAUCGUGUCCUGCGGGACCAAGGGCAUCUCUCAGAGUGCGUUGCGUGCGAGGAUGUGCAUCGGCAAGCUGGAGUCUCGUAUGAUCUGCCGACUGCUGGAGAGGACAGACAUGAUCAAGGGUUUCAUGGAAGACGAGGGUCGUCAGAGGACCACUAAGUACCUCGGCCAUCUGCACGUCGGUGAGUCUGAUCUGCUUCGACAUCUCGUGAAAGAGCAGGAGCGAUCAGACCGGCUUCGCACUGUAGGGGGAGGAGGGGAAGGAGAGGGGGCCCCCCAAACCCCAGCACAGGCCACCCUAAAAACACCAGCUACCACAAAGACUCGGCCUACCCCAAAAACAACAUCGCUUCUGGAACCUCUGGGAAACACUGAGGGAGAGGAGGAGAGAGAGAGGGAUGAGGAAGACGAAGACUGGGAAGUCGAGAAGAAAGGGAAGAAGGGAGCGAAGAAGAAAAAUGCAAAAAAAAAGAAAGUGGGCAAGAUGUCUCUCCUGAAGCAGUCCAAACUCCACUUCCUGGUUGCUCAUCACUCUGCACCCAUCACGAGUGAAGCCAAUCAGGAGCCAGAGCUGGAAUCUUGGCUCAGCCCAGUUGAGGAGGAGGAGUCAAAAUUCGGUCCUGACGUUUCAUUGGACCAGACGGGGAGUAUGUUUCGCAGGCAAACAGCCAAGCGGAGGACAGCGUCACGGUCAUCGAGACAUCCCCAGUCAGAAGUGCAUGAAUUCCCUGUCUGA